CGUUGUAGUUGGGCUCGAAAAAAAUGGUUUUUGUGUAUGCCAGUGGCGAAAAAGAUUUGUUGUUGUCACGCCGCGAACAGAGCUAAGUGCGAAAGAAGAUAGUAAUUUAAAAAAAAAAAAAUUGUUGUUGUUGUUGUGGCAUAGUGUGUUUAACGGUGCCUUCAACGGUUGUAGCAAACUCUUUCUGUUGAUGCUCGCUUUUCUUAGAGGAUUUCUUUAAAAACAACACAAACAACUUUCUAAAACUUUGCUUCUACUUCUACAACAACGACCACUACAACUACAUCUACAACUACAACUGUAUCACCAACAACAACAAUCACACCAUCUACAACAACAAUAUACACGCACAUCAACACACGCAAAUCUAAGCGGAAUAUUUACGGAACAGUAGUUGCGGAGUUGGGCGCAACGAGAACCGUGACUGCACCUUUCAUUACCAACAACAGCAGCAGCAGCAUCCACGCCCACAGAUCCAACAAACAAGCGAUAGCAAGUAAUAAAACACAAUGGCGGCUUUUAUUGCGAAACAGAUGGUUGGAAACCAAUUAAGUGCCGUUAAAGAUGCUGCAGGCGGAGGUGAUGGCGGCGAUGAUGGUGACGAUAAGGAAAAGGCAGAGGAGGAGGAGAGGGAGCGUCAGGAGGCCAUACGUGAGGCCGAGGAGCGGCGCAAGGAGAAACACCGCAAAAUGGAAGAGGAACGCGAGAAAAUGAGACAGGACAUACGCGAUAAGUACAAUAUCAAGAAAAAGGAAGAAAUUGUGGAGGCUGCGCCACAGGAGGAGCCCAACCCGUUAAUGCGAAAAAAAAAGACCCCCGAAGAGUUGGCCGCCGAGGCUGAGCAGGAGGAGCUCGACGAUUUUACAACGAAAUUAAGAAAACGUCUCAGCGAUGCUUUUAAGAAUUGUCCACUGAGAAACUUGUUUUGAAACACCAGUCUAUCCCCGAUUCCACAGAAGAUGUAUUAGCAUUGCAUAAUUUCGGUUUCAAGCUGCAUGCGGACAUAUAUAUAUAUAUAUAUAUAUAUAUAUAUAUAUAUAUAUACAUAUAUAAGCCGACAUGCUCUAUUAACAUAUAUACUUUAUACUUUAUUCAUAGUGCCAAGAAAACCUCCUUAUUGCGUAUAAAUGUGAAAAAGCGGUUGAUAUACAUAAAUAACUAUGUAUAUCGAUCAAUAUUAUAUAAAUAUUUGUACAACCUUACGAUGUGCCCUUGGAACGCAUAAGCUGCUGCACUAAAUUUUAAUUAGAGUUCAGUAUUGAGCAAAUUGGUGAAUUGUUUUUGAAGUUCUGUUUAUCGAUAGAAAUAUUUUAUAUAUCGAAUAAGUACAACGAUGAAGCAUUAGAAAAAAUAGAUUAAAGCAUUUCAGAACUCGAAAUUUAAUAAACAAAAACAUUAGUUAAAAGCAAUUAGGGCACACAAACUCAACCAGAAUAAAAAAAAUCGUCUUUUAUAUUUUACCGUGUGCGCGGUUCUUAAGAUUCGAUUUGAUUCGGUAAUAUUCAAAACGUUUCGAUUAUGUUCAAUUUAGCUUGUAGACGCUUUAAAAUGUUUUCGUUCGUUGCCAAAAUAAUUCAUAAGAUUUUUAAUGUACCUGAAAUUCCAAAUAUGCUAAUGGAAGUCUAAAAAAUUAGGUUAAGCUUCUUCAAAAUAUUUACAUAAUUUUUCAGAUAUAUAUAGUUAUAUCUUCUAUAUUUUCAGGAAUAGAAGCUAGUUGAAAACCAUUUCAAGAGUUAAGAAACAUUUUUCCGUACUUCGGUCAGCCGAAGCAGACAGAUUAUUCAAACCUAUAUAUAAUACGUUAUAAUGAUUAAUAAUGAUGAACAAAAUGGCAAAUUUUCUUUUAGUUUUUUAGAGGCAUGCUAGUGAGAUUUUUCGAAUCAAUCAUUUAGAAGAGCAACAAUCAUAUCUAAAACCUAUCAAAUUUCGUGUCUUAAUUUAAAAAUAUUAAAUGAUUUUACAAAAAUUUAAUGAAAGUAAAAUACAGAAAUGUUUCAAAAAUGUAAACGUAGUUGAUAUCGAAUGUAGUGUAUAUAUAUAUAUAUAUAUAUAUAUAUAUAUAUAUAUAUAUAACGACCGACUGAAAUUAUUGUUAAAAGUUUGAUAUAUAUAUAAGAUGAAAAUGAAAACGAAAUAUAUAUUAAAGUUUCUAUACCUUAAUCAAUCAGAAAUUUGCGAUUCAAUAUAUACAAUAUAUACAUACAUAUAUACAUAUUGCGAUAGUUGAGCAAAUCCAAAAAAUAAUUAAUUGUAUAGAGUCAUUUACAAAAUUUUACGAUUCUAACAAUACUUCGUAAGAAAGUAUAAAAUAUAAAUAAAUUAAAAUAAAGCUGUUAUAUACUUUUAUAAAAUAGCAAACGAGUGUUUGUCAGCUUAUCUUAGUUAACUCUGGAAAUCUAUAUCUAUAUCCUGAUGCUCGUGAAUGUCAAAAUGCAAACUAAAUCGAAGACUAGUUUAAAAAAAAAAUAAAUAAAUAAGAGACAAACUUCAGCGGUUUGAAAAAGGAAAGAAAAAGAAAACGAACUAAGAAUUAUUAUCCUAGCGAUUAUGAUACUAAUAAAUAAAUAUAUUCAGGCAUUUUAAUAAUUAUACUUAAGACCCUCGUUCUACAUAGGCGCCCAUGCAUAUAUGUACAUACAAAGGUACAUAUGCAUACUGCAUUACAUUGCAUUCGUUUAUAUAUUAUACUGUAUUGCGUUUUAAUAUGUUGUGUUGUAUUUACUGUUGAAUUGUAUUUUAAUAUAUAUAGACAGUGUUAAUUUCCAAUAAAAAGUUUUUAAAUGCAACUAAAA